UCCGCCGGGGGGCGGCCCCAUCGCCGCCGGGCCUCGCCGCCAUCUUGGCCGCUGCCCCGGGAGCGGGACGCGCCGCGCCGCGCCGGGGGAGAAAAUGAUCCACAGCCUGUUUCUCAUAAACUGUUCUGGUGAUAUAUUCUUGGAGAAGCACUGGAAGAGCGUUGUGAGCCAGUCUGUGUGUGAUUAUUUCUUUGAAGCUCAGGAGAAAGCAGUCGAUGUCGAGAAUGUGCCUCCUGUCAUCUCCACGCCACAUCACUACCUCAUCAGCAUCUAUCGGGAUAAAAUCUUCUUUGUGUCUGUCAUACAGACAGAAGUGCCACCGCUCUUUGUAAUUGAAUUUCUGCACCGAGUAGCAGAUACUUUUCAGGAUUACUUUGGCGAAUGUUCUGAGACUGCGAUUAAGGACAAUGUAGUGAUUGUGUAUGAACUGCUGGAAGAAAUGUUAGACAACGGCUUUCCACUGGCGACAGAAUCCAACAUACUGAAGGAGCUGAUUAAGCCUCCCACAAUUCUGCGUUCCGUUGUCAAUUCCAUCACAGGCAGCAGUAAUGUGGGUGACACCCUUCCCACUGGACAGCUGUCCAACAUUCCUUGGCGCAGAGCGGGAGUAAAAUACACAAACAAUGAAGCCUACUUUGAUGUCAUUGAAGAAAUUGAUGCGAUUAUAGACAAAUCAGGUUCCACAGUCUUUGCAGAAAUCCAAGGUGUUAUUGAUUCGUGUAUUAAGCUCUCAGGAAUGCCAGAUCUUUCUCUAUCUUUCAUGAACCCAAGGCUGCUGGAUGAUGUCAGCUUCCAUCCAUGUAUUCGAUUCAAACGCUGGGAGUCUGAAAGAGUCCUUUCAUUUAUUCCUCCGGAUGGGAAUUUCAGACUGAUCUCCUACCGUGUCAGCUCACAGAACUUGGUGGCAAUUCCUGUGUACGUGAAGCAUUUGAUCAGUUUUAAAGAGAACAGUUCUUCAGGAAGAUUUGAUGUUACCAUUGGACCAAAACAGAAUAUGGGGAAAACAGUAGAAGGAGUUGUCAUGACAGUUCACAUGCCAAAAGCAGUACUUAAUAUGAACCUCACUGCUACACAAGGCAGCUAUACGUUUGAUCCAGUUACUAAGGUGUUAACAUGGGAUGUUGGCAAAAUUACCCCUCAAAAGCUGCCAAAUCUGAAGGGAAUAGUGAACCUGCAGUCUGGAGCCCCUAAGCCUGAAGAGAAUCCAAGUUUAAAUAUCCAGUUUAAGAUACAACAGCUUGCAAUUUCAGGACUGAAAGUAAAUCGCCUGGACAUGUAUGGAGAAAAAUACAAGCCUUUUAAAGGUGUCAAAUACAUUACAAAAGCAGGAAAAUUUCAAGUCAGGACAUGAGAAGAUGGUCAUCUUCUAAAAGGAAAUUCCCCUUAAACGUUAAAAAUGACUGCUUAGUGACUUUUGUUGCUAUUAGGUGCCAAUUAAUUAAUAGAUACUGAUUAGUUUGGGAUCAAAGCAAUUGUGCACUGCAGCUCUUAAAAUGAAAGCGUAGCUUAGUUUCUCCUAUUAUGGCUUUAAAAUGAGGUACCUUUUUUCUAAUACACCUUCACUUUUUUUUAAACUGACUUGUCGUGCUGGUGAAUCGUUUGGUACAGGUGAGCCACAAAACGUCUCAAACACUACACUGCCAAAUACCAAAGCCCAGAGGCCAAGCACAUUAUGAAGGCCAGACAGGCCAUUGGGGAAGUGGUGUGGUGGCACAUUCUGCUGCUGUAGCUGCCUGCAGAGAAAGCUGGGCUUUUCUCACAGCCAGCUGCCAGUUGGCAUUCCACAAUGCAUCAUGCAGUCCCUUCAGAAACAGAGCAGAAAUGCAAGGGGCAGGGGUCCCAUAGGGGCCUGGGACAGAGCAAAUGUCACUCCUAAGAAAGAGCUUCUAAUGAAGACAAAAUGUUUUCCUUGCUGUUUACAAGAAAUCGCCUUUCUUAAGAAGCGUUUGCCUUAAUCAGCUUUCAUUUGUGCCAUCUGCAGAUGAGCUGAUAAAAAUAACAUUCUGCAUUAAAUUGGGGAGGUGUUGCUGCUUCAGUAAUCCACUUUCUUUCCAUUUGAUCUCACCAUCGUCAUUUUUUUUAAGAAUACAGUUGCAGAGAGUAAGAUCUAUUUUUUAUGUGAAACCUUUGCUUUGGUCUUGAUGUUCCACUUUGUUUCAAGUGGAUGCCACCAGAUUUGUGCUGUGUGUAUAUUGGAGUGUAGCUUUUUAGAUAGCACAAUAGAAGUGUCAAGUAUAUUUAAUGGUUGUGUGCUUUAAUGUUAUGAAAUAAAGGGAACUCUGCUGCAAAUAUGUUUUCUCUUGUGAUCACUACUGUAAGCUGUUCAUAAUGCUUUCAGGUAGAACUCCUGAUGUACGGUUACAUGGUAACAAUUGCUUGGCCCUCAUUGAAUUUGAUCAGGUAUUUAGAGUUCAGAAAGCAUUCACGAUCGUGGCAGUAAAAGAGGGUUUUUUUGUUUGUUUAAGUGGAGAACCACAGAAAUGUUGCAGUCCUACUAUUACAGUCAGAACAGAGAUGAUGCAGAGCUGACAAUCUGUGCCCCACAGUUCAAACCAUCCAUUUGGCGAUACUGGAGAAUCUGUUUCCUUUGCUUGUUUGGCUUACAAAUUGAUACGUAUGUGCUAGUUUUGCUUCAGAUGAAUAAUAGGAGCUAUGGAAAUGAAUUCAUUGGAUCAAUUUCAAAUUUUGAGACAUAAAUCAUUGAAGGGGGGAAAAAAAGCAUGAAACCCAUCUGAAGCAUAGACAGUAAGCCAGUAACAAAAGCAUCUUCUCUACUAGAAGCUUUGGUAAUAACACUAGGAUAAACUAGAUCACAAGUAUAUUUUGCACUUCUGAAAGUAUGGUAGGUAGACAGACACACAGGGCUCAAACAAACUACUAGGUCUGUAGAAAAGAAAGAAAGAAAGCCUUGUAUUUGUGUAAGCCUGGCACUUGGCCUUCUAUCUUCCCUUUUUGAAUUGGUGGAACAUCUGCCAGUUGGUUGCUUGGCCUACAGUUCUGCUCCACGUUACAGUAACUAGUAUCCUUAAAUUAAUGUUACUGAAAAAUCUUGUCUUCAGAUCUGGUAUGAGUACUACAGCUGCUCUCUAUAUUACCAGUGCAACAGUAGCAAGAUCUUUCAGAAGGGACACUGUUACUGACAGAGAUACAAAUACAACACAAAUCAAAACCAGCUCCCUCUGACACCACCACUUACCUUCAGCAAGGACACAGCACUCCUGUCUCUGAAAGCCCUUUGAUCCACGCUUCACAGCACAGCACCAGAAGUCUCUAUCAGCAGCAGCACUGACAUGGGAGGAGAGGGACUUGAGCACCAAGAUGGUGUUCCUCAGGAAAUGUUUUUUGUUGUGCUGACUCCAUCCACUUUCCCAAACUCAGGAAGGUCAACUGCACAAUUUUAAGUAGCAGGGACCGUGCUCCUAUCCUCCCUUCUAAAGUCAUCCGUACCAGCUUAAGAAACAGAAGGAUGUCGUUGAGGAGCAUGUAGUGCCAGCUCUCGCUCUGCCCUUCUGCAGCUGUCCAGCUCUGGGAGUGCUGCCAAAGGUGACCACCUCACAGGUUCUCAAAGUUCUUCAACCACGGAGAGAGCUCUGUUAACAGAGUUCUUUUCUCUAUGGUCACUAAGCGCCUUCUGCCAUUGCUGGGUUCCGCUCAGUCUCUCACUGCCAAGAAAUGUUGGUUCUGCAAAGUCAUUAUCUGUGUAUUCUGCGAGAAAUUUUGACACAGAAGCACAAAAGGUGGUAAGAGGUUCUGUGCCAGAAACAGGACUGCAAUUCCAUACAAUUGCCUUUGCACUAAAGUAAUUUUUACUUAGCCAAGCAGAAAUCAGAUUGGAUCAAGUGCUGGCCAGAGCUGCAGCUCUUCCUGUGCUGACAGCAUCAGGCAAAUGCCAUUUCCAAUGCUGGGAGCCUCAGGGAUGGCACUCCUGGGACAGGUGGCCUCAGAUCAGGCCCCUGGAACAACCCCCACUUUCUCCCACUGGGCACCAGCUCCUGUUAAGUACUUUCAUCUGCAGUUUCACUGGCAAUCAAGACAAAAACAAGUGGUUUUAAUCAGAAACUGCACCUUUUCUGCUCAGGAAAACAUUAUUUUGCUAUACUAUUUCUGCUGUUUGCUCCUUUUGUUGCUACAAUAUUAGCAUUGUUCCAUUGCCAUUAAUACCCACAGGCUGAUGUUUGUACAAAUGCAUUUUUAUUGUUUUAACGGAACCAAAGAAUAAGGUUGAAAACAUUAGACUAUACAUAAAUGCAUUUUGGCUUAUAAACAAUGUUUUAUAGUGGUAAAACAUUUCCAAGUGACAUUCAUGGUCUUUCUCCAAUUUUUGCUGCAUUUCAGGUCUGAAGACCGAUAGUGUUCAAAAAAAAAAAAAAA